AUGAAUGACACAGUAACUAUCCAGACCAGGAAGUUCAUGACCAACCGACUACUUCAGCUGAAACAAAUGGUCACUGAUGUUCUUCAUCCCAGAAAGGUAAUAGUACCUAAGACAGAGAUUUGGGAAAAACCAGCCAAAAUGUACAAAACCACACCAGAUGUCAUCUUUGUGUUUGGACUCAGAGCCCAUUUUGGUGGUAGCAAGACAGCUGGCUUUGACAUGAUUUAUGGUUCUGUGGAUUAUGCAAAGAAAAAUGAACACAAACACAGACUGGCAAGACAUGACCCAUAUGAGAAGAAAAAGACCUCAAGAAAACAGCUAAAGGAAAACAAGAACAGAAUGAAGAAAGUCAGGGGGACUGCAAAAGCCAAUGUUGGUGCUGGCAAAAAGAAAAGGAAGUGUCUAGCAGUGAGCUGGAGAUUGGACAACAGAAGGAGUAAAGAUUCUGCAGCGACUUUAUCUGUGGUAAUUAUGCAGAUUUUUCUUGAGAGGAUUAAUAAACAAAGAACUUUUUAA